UGCAAAUGAUAAAUAACAGUACUACUGAAAGGAUGUGGUUCUUUUCACCCUGUUAGCCAAAAUGUGAGUACAUAGAUGAUGAUAAUGCAAAGCAGUUAAAGCUGACAGAAGCUUUCAGACUUGCCUACAAAGUUACAGAAAUUUUCUCAUAAGAAAUAGCAUUAGAACCAUGUUUUUUCCUGUUGUACUCCUUGUUGCAACCUAUUUCAUGAGAAGAAUGUUUUUAAAGCCACAUCUAAUGCCUUUCUUUAACUUUUUUCCUAAUCUAAAUUUCUUUGGAAUCCAAAGAACUACUGGAAAUACUGAUCUAUACAUUUAUUCUCUUCUACAGACAAAAUGAGUUCUACAAAAAAUCUGGCCAAGACUGUAAUGAUUUUAUAUGCCAUAUUUUUUACAAACUCUGAUGGAAGACCAAUGAUGAAGAGAUCGGUGAGUGAGAUGCAAUUAAUGCAUAAUCUUGGAGAGCAUCGACACACUGUGGAGAGACAGGAUUGGCUUCAGAUGAAACUGAAGGAUGUGCACAGUGCCCUUGAGGAUGCCAGGACCCAGAGGCCUCGAAACAAGGAGGAUAUUGGCCUGGGGGAGAUAAGAAACCGGAGGCUGCUCCCUGAGCAUUUGCAGGCAGCACUGCAGAAGAAAUCCAUCGACCUGGACAAAGCUUACAUGGAUGUACUCUUUAAAACUAAGCCAUAACGAAAAGACCAAGAGCAUUAUAUCUGCCCAAGUAAGCACGUGUCUGUAGAUCACUGAUCAAUUAAGGCAUUUUAUUUUUUAAUUCAAACUAUGAUAAGGAUUAAAGGCUCCAUGCUAGACUGUAGCCCCAUUGAUGAUGGGUAUUUCACAACUAAAUAAUAAAAUGUAUUUACAGGUCACUCAUGGCCAUUGCUGCUAACUCCUGGGUAUCUUUUAAAUAGUUAAUGUAACUCAUUAACUUCCAAGAGAAUUAAAAACAAAAUAAAAGACAAAACAAAAAAGAACAACGAAGACCACCCACAAUAGAAUAAGAAAGUUGAAAAACAUUUAAGACCAGUUCUACCACUCCUGUACAGAGAGCAUUUGUCUGUAAUCUGUGGGCCUACUUGUACUGUAAACCAACAACAUAUAACUGCAUUACACCUAGGGUUAAACUUCAAGUUUGUCCUAAUGAAAAAACGCAAACUUUAAUCCACUUUUAUUUUAUAAACCAGAUGAAUGUCAAUAACAUAACAAAAGCUGCAUGAUAAUUUAGGAUUAAAGAGUGCAAACAUGAAAAAUAGAAGGAACCCAAAGCUUAAGAUUAAAGCAUAAUGAAAUAAAAUUAAAACAAAUUGUGCAUGAAAGAAUGAAAUUUUAUAAAACACUGAAAUGAAGGGAAGGUUCAUUAACUUCUCCUCUUCCAAAAGAUGACAACUCAUGAUUAACUGCAGAAAUAGUGAGAGCAGAGAUUGUUGCAUGUAUGUAUGCAUAGCCCUAACUAUAGAACUGGGAAAUGGUUCUACACAAGAUAAUAACAAUUGAAACAAAUAUCUUGUUUUUAUCUCUCCUUUAGUCUAUAACCUAUGAAUUUCUGUAUAUUGUGCUUAGGUUGCAUAGGUAAGUGGCUCACAUAAAUAAAAUUAUCCAUCUUCACAUAUGCACUUUUACAGAAUUGGGAUUUCAGUUUGUUAAAACCCUCAAAUGACAACCAUUAAAAUGCAGAAAUCAAUACCUGGAAAAGGAACUAUCAGAUAAUAUAUAAGCAGGACUCAGAAUUUGACAAGAACACGGAUGGGAAAAACAAAGAUAUUAUAAAAAGCAAGCAGCUAAUAUAAAAUUAUUUUGAAUUGUAUAGACAAUGUGCUUAUGACCUCAACCACUUCUGCAAAAUAAGAAUAUUUUCUCUGUAGAAGUGACAGCAGUUUCCUCCAAACAUUCCACUGUGAGAACUCAAACCUUGAGUAGAAUUCCAGUUCUAAGUCAACACAUCUGUGUGGUCUCAUACCACUUUUGGGUGUUUGAUGUCCAGCACAUCUCAGGGAACAUCAUGAAAAACUCAAAUAUAAUUACAAAUAUACAUGCAAUCUGCUGGAGGCUAAAAAGGUUACUUGUAACUAGUGAACUGUAGUAUACAAUCUAGUCUAUACUUUUACUAAUGUAAAGGCUCUGAUGCUGCAAGCAGAUGAUAUACCAGUGCACAUUAGUGCACUGCACACACAGGCAAGGAUUCCAUGCUGCUUGCCUAUUUGUAGAAUCAAAGCCUUAAGGUGCACUUUCUAUUUAUUCUUGUAUCAGACAUCUGUGCCAACUUAAAUAAAAUUGUAUUUUGUACCUAUGUCUCACAUAUGUAUUACAAAAUAAAUGGACCAAAAGCUCUUGGACAUUAUUUUAAAGCAUAACAACUGAGUGUUUAAAGCAUAACAACUGAGUGAUCUGUCACUAUUCUCAUCUAAUUUAGCAUUUGGAGCUAGAUUACUACAGCCUUUUAUUUUUAACAUAGCAAUGUAAAUUCAAAAACAAUGAAACCACUUUUAAUCUUUCCUUUUGUCUCUCAUGCAUGCAAAGUCAUACAAAUGGUUAAAAAUAAAGGUGUUUACCUGGUACAAAUCCAUCUACAUCUCUCACAACGACACAUGGAGGAACUAUUCAAACUUUCAGUGUCAAAUUCACAAACUCUUUCCAUUUGAUCUAAGCAAAGAAUUCUAUUAUCCAUACAAUUUGUUCUUUCUAGCCUUCAGCUGUUCAACAGAUGGGAAAUGCUUACACAAAUACUUAAACUUACUUUUGGCUUCAAAAAAAUACUUACUGCUUACAGAGGGCUUCAGUGGGGCAAAUGAAGCACAACUGAAUGUUAUUUAGCUAGAAACGUGGCUACAGAUAAACGAUGUCCAGCACUGUCUCAUUUUUGGCUGAAAAUCACACUUUGCCCCCACAGUAUGAUUCUUUGGAAGGACUAAAGCCAGCCACUGACAGAAAAAUUGAUGCUAUG